AGGCGGUGGCACAGGGGGUGGCACAGAGGGUGGCCCAGGGGGUGGUGGCACCGCUGUCCCCAACGUCCCCGGUGUCCCCUCGGCGGCCGCCAUGGCCGAGGCGGUGACGGCGGCGGUGGCGAAGCGCCAGGGGGAGACUGCACUUCCCAAAGAUCCCGAUCCCGAUCCCGCUCCGGCCAUGGCGGCCCUUGGCACUUCAGGGGGCACCGGGGUCCCCCCGGCUCCGGUGACACCGCGGUGGGAUGGGGGUGGUGGCAUCGAGGAGGAGCUGGCACCGCCCGUCCCCGAUGUCACCCAGUGCCACCCCGAGGACGCCGAGGGCCGCCAGGCGCCCGCGUUCCUGCGGCAGGUGGCCGCCAUCUGCGCCUAUCCCGCGCUCCUGGAGCACGAGGACAUUCCCGAAAGUGCCAAGGAACACGCGAGACGGAUCCUGAGGGAGCUGAUGGGAGGGAGCCCAGGCGCCUACAACCUGGAGUACGUGACGGGCGCGGUGGCCGAGCGCGCGGCGCGGUUCCUGGCGCACCGCGACCGUGGCAUCGCCUGCGACCCCGCAAACAUCGUCCCCUGCGCCGGCACCGCGGCCGCCGUGGUGGACGUGCUGUCUCUGGUGGUGUGUCCGGGCUCGGCGCUGCCCACGGGGGUCCUGGUGCCGGUGCCGGGCCCCCCGCUGUGCGCGGCGGCCGCGGGGCUGGCGGGGGCCGUGCCCGUUCCGUACCCUCUGGAUGAAUCCCGGGGCUGGGCCGUGGACGUGGCCGCGCUGCGCCGGGAAGUGCGGGAAGCGCGGAGCCGCUGCCACCCCAGGGUGCUGUGGGUGGUCAACCCCGGGGACCCCACGGGCCACGUGCUGAGCCGGCCGGACAUGGAGAGCAUCGUCCGCCUGGCGGCCGAGGAGCCCCUGCUGCUGCUGGCGGACGAGGUGCAUCAGGAACGAGCCUUCUCCCCGGAGCGCCCCUUCCUGUCCUUCAAGCGCGUCCUGGCCGAGCUGGGGGCCCCGCUGGCCACCAGCGUCCAGCUCGUCUCCUUCUACUCCCUCUCCAAAGGGAUCGGGGGGGGAGGAUUCCGGGCGGGAUUCCUGGAGCUGGUGAACAUCGAGCGGAGCGUCCUGCGGGGUUUCUACACCUGGGGGCUCUCCGUGUAUCCCCCGAUCCUGGGCCAGGUGAUGUUGGAUGUGGCCAUGGAGCCGCCCGGGCACCGGGAUCCCGCCAGCGCAGCCAUGGAGGAGCACCGCCGGGAUCUGUGCCGGGAUUUGGCCGCCAACGCCCGGCGGCUGCAGGAGGAGCUGGGCCGGGCCCCCGGGAUCCGGUGCCAGCCCCUGGCCGGGGGUCCCCGCGCCUUCCCCCGCAUCCGGAUCCCGCCCCGCGCCCGGAGCCAGGCCCGGGCUGUCCCUGCUGCUGCCGGCGCCGGCGCUGGAGCGGGCGCUGCUGCUCCUCCGCCGCUUCCACGCCCAAUUCCUGCGGGAAUUCUCCUGACCUGGAAUUCCCCCCCAUUCCCUCCAUCCCAUGAAAUCCCCCGGAUGCCUCCAAAAAUCCCCCAAAACGCCACCCACGGGCGACACCCACACUGCUGGUCACUGUCCUUUAUUUGGGGACACCCCCUGAGGGGACACGGGGACAGCAUGGGGAGGGGGGACCUGCCCCGGAAUUCCCCAAAAAAAGGCACGGAGAGCUUGGAGGCACUUGGAGAUCACCGGGAUCUGGUGGGAAUUAUGGGAUGGUGA